CGAUAUGUGGAAUAGUAUAAAACUGUCGGCACAAAUACAUGUAGCUCUGCCCGUGUAUUCUUGUAUGCAGGUUCUUUUAUAUGAGCUCAAGAUCCAAACAAAACAUUGCUCCACAGCGCUACUAGUGGUUAAAAUCUCCACAGGGUACUUUUUAAGAUAGCCUAACUAACUGGUUUCUUCACUGGGAUUUCUCACAACACAGCACUGAGAUCAUUUACAGGAAUUAGGACGUUCUUCUGCAAACAACAUUCCCAAUUAUAGUCCCACUUCAAAAAAUGCAUGCUUGUCUAUGGAUGGCAGAUCCAAAUCUUAACCGUAGCUGUCUGAAAUGGGGAGCAGUUGCUUUAAGUUUAGAGAGUACCUUUCAUAUAAGUUCAUUUUCAUACCAGCGAGGCAUGGCAAACACAGAGAAUUUUACAGUUUUUAAUCCCUUGUUUUAAUACUUUAAUUAUAAACUGUGCAUUUUAGUUUGUUGGUUGGUUGUACAGCAGACAUGUGUGACAUGUUUCUAUUGUUUCCCAUAAGCAGGCCAGCAGUAACACAUGCUAGAUUUGGGACCGUUACCGUAUGUAGUGAUUGGUGUUGCCUUUCUUUCCUUUCAGAGGACAGUAAAUAAAUAGAUUCUCACAGUAAUAUAAAACACAUAAGACAGCUUCCUUAUCUAAGACUCCUUCUGGUAUUAGUUAGUGGACAAAUGAUUUAAAGUUUAAAUUAAAAAGUUCUAAUUAAAUUCAUAUACAUAUAUAGUUCAUGUUACAAAAUGGAGUUUGUUUAAUUGUACUGAUUGUUGUAAUUAAAAAAAUGUCUGUGUGGCUAAGGCCUCAACUGCCUCUGUUAUCCAUUAAAAUAUUGAUUAUUCUAAUUUUUUAUUAGUUUAUGUUCUAGAUCCCAAAGGUAUUAACCUUAGAAAGAAAAGAAGCAUUGAUUAAAGCUGCAGUAGAUAACUUUUAUAAAAAGAACCCAACAGUCAACUAUCUUCAAGUCACCAGCCCAAAGUGUCUUUCCAUCUUUCUUAGCUCUGAUUGGUUGUAUUCAUUCAGGCCCGAUGGAUUCUUGCAGAUACCAUUAGGAGCACUAGGAGGAGCCAGAGGAACCUGAUUUUUUCAAUAAUGACCUACUGCAGCUUAAAUAUCAGAAUUGUUUCAGAUUUCAAUGAGCACAGUUUUAUAUAUGAACUCUGUUUAAACAUGUCAGUGCUACAGUACGUUCCCACCCAAUUCUUCGAAGGUUGCAUUGUUGCCAUUUUAAUUUAGUUUCACUUUAAUGAAUGACCUGAAUGGGGUUUGGAUGAGCAGUUUGAGCGGGGAUUAAAUUCGCCUACAGUCGAGAGUGCAGCGCCGAUUCUGAUAAUGGGAUUUAAUUGGUGGGUUGGAGCGAGAAGAUUUCAUUCACAAUUUGAAUUCAUUGCACUCCUAAACCAGGGACUGCUGGGACCUUAACAUUUAUGCCAGUGAAGGAACAUACAUCGCACUAGUUUAUAAAGUUUUCUCCUCCAGUUGUAAAACGUUCUGGUUUGGAUGAAGCAGGUCUGGUAUAUUGCACAGUGGUCAGUAAUAUGUAGCACACUGGCAGCACAGUGUGUGUAGCUCGAGCUGGUUCCCAGUGUCAACCUCUGUACAGUGUGUCACUCCUACAUAAACACAGUGGAGGAUUAUGUUCACGAGUGAUGCCUGAUGCCUGUUUUUUAAAGCUAUUCCAUAUCAGUUGUGUCAGGUUUCCUCACUGACUUCUUGGUUCUCAUGUACAGUUUUUCUUUGUGUGAUUUAUGGGAAUCUGAUUGAUCACAGCUCUGUUUCUAUCGCUCUUUCACAGUCAUUGGUGGAAAUGAAUGUUCAAGUAGGCCGUGGUGUGAGAUGAAAAGCUUUAUUAGAGACUCACUUGAUGUUUCUGCCUGGACCUCCAAUGUGUGGACAUGAAGAGGAUUUACUUUCACAUAUGAUCAAAACAAAAUCUCUGUUGACUUAGUCAUUCUUGAGAAUCAGUGUUUUAUUACAGAUCCUAGUAAAGGUGUGAACUUCUCUCUAGGGAAAGUAGAUGAUCAGUUGGAAGUCAGUGAAUGUUCCAAUUUCUGCUUUCCAGGAAGAAAUAAUGUCUAGAGCUGAAAAAACCCAUGAGUGAGAGCUGCUGUUGGGGUUUGAUUGUUAUUUAUAAAGAUGUAUGUGCUGAAAACAAAACAAAAAAUAAGAAAAAUAAGUUAAAGUGAAAUAAUGCUUCAGGAGAACUGCUGUGUCACAAACUGUAUCUACUAAUUUCACAAUGUUUUCUGAAGUCUGUCGACACUCUGGUAUUGAUUUCUUUUGUAACUGCUGAUAAAUGUAAUCCAAAAUGGAAUGAGGAAUAUUUGAUCCGAACAUUAUGGAAUUCCAGUUUUUCCUGAUCUAAAUAGUACCAGGCCAUUAGUGUAAAGAUAUGAAUAAGCAAUAAAGAUGGAGUGGUUCAAAAA